GAGCCCAAAUCGAUUACAAUGCACUUUUUGACAAUUUCAAUUCUUCAACAUAUCUGCUUUUUCCAAUUCUUUGCUAUAUCCUGGGCUUAUGAACUGUGCUCCCAAGGCAAUUGCUACGCCUUAGACCAGUCCAAAACUCACUUUUCUUCUUUGGAACUGAUGCAGAUUCACCACUGCUUUGGACUGUUGUAUCUUAAAACCGUUUCCAACGUUGGAGUUGGCAGUCUGACGGUUAAGGACUUGGCACGGUGCACAUUUGAAUACGGAACAGCAAAUGAACGAGUUGAAGUCAUCCCAAUGAAAGAGGAAUUUCAAUUUUGUAGCUACGGAGCGCAACAGCCAACUUGCGCCAUGAGCUCCCAGAAAAUGGAACCCAAACCACUACCCCCACUCCCUGAUGGAAUUCCAUUCAAAUCCCAAUCAGCUGCCGAAACAAGCUUAGGGAUCUUGAUGUGUGGUGGUCUGGAAACAAAUACCCAAGAUCCAACGUUGUGCCACCUCUUCAACAGGACAUUGUGGGCGUGGCAAGCCUUCCCGUCAUUAUUAGUCGGAGGCGGUCGGGGUUUGAUCUUUGAAGGGGCUGAGAAGAUCGCUCUCAUUGGAAGCCGAAUUACCCCUGAAGGAGGCACCAAUGCUACGCAGAUAUUUGAUGGAUCCAAAUGGACCCUUGGUCCAGAGUUGCCGCACAAAAGCUGGGGUUUGCAAAAUGUGGGACUCAAUGAGUCCCACCAUCUAAUCGUGGGUGGAUAUGCUGUAGGAGUGUGGUUCUUGGAUGAAGUAUUGAUCUUUGACAUGGAAUCCCUAGCCAUUCAGCAAAUCGAACCAUAUCCUGAACGCACCCUAAUCUUUGGUGCCUUAAAGUACUCUUACGAAGGCAGGGAUUAUGUUCUUUGUUUUGGAGAUCAAAGCGACCCACUUGACAAGUUCAUGUACCAACUUGACUUGGACAGUUUCACAUGGGGCAAGUUUAGUGGAGAAACCCCGGUAACGAUCGUGUCGGCACGCUCAAUGAUGGUUAGUCCGAAUACCAUGUGGAUCGCCGGGGUUCUAUCGUCAAAAUGGAACGCGGGCCCUUUCUCUUACAAACUGACAUUGAAGAAUGGAGAGGCCAUUUGGAACGAAACGCCUCCGCUGGCGUCAAGCCAGGUCAUGCUUGGAACUCUGGAGAGAGAGCUCAUUGAAUGAAAUAAACCCGGUGAUGAAUCCUAAUUGACAACGGAAAGUCUCGAACCAAACCUAUCCAACCUAUUCAACUAACCUUGUUCCUCAACUUAAGACUUAUAUUUUCGAUUGAUUCAAUUUCCAUUAUAUCAUGACGAAAGGACGUCACUCCAUCUGGGUUGCUAACGUCACUUUUUCAUAACCUUACAUUUCAUUUAUUUAUGUCUCUUAAUAUAU